CAAACAGGGACACAAAGAGGAGACAAGUAAACAAGUUUGAAAAGUAAGACAGUAUUCUUUAAGACCUUUUGAAUGAUAUGGGGAUACACUUUGUGAGUUCUUCAAGGGGUUCUGAUCUUUACAUUUAUUUUUGCUAAAAACAGUUAAAGGAGGCAAAAGAGCAAAGAAGAAAUGAAGGACACAGAGCAGUCGAUGGCCACUCAACAGAAACAGGCCAGAUGUAGAUUUUGGAUAAAGAAUCAUCUUCUUCGUGUGGGAUUGGCUGAAUUUCUCAGUACUUACGUCAUGAUGGUCUUUGGCCUGGGGUGUGUGGCCCAGGUCCUGCUCGGACAGGGUGCAUUUGGAGAGUACAUCAGCGUCAACCUGGGUUUUGGUCUGGCUGUUGCUAUGGGUAUGCAUGUCGGAGGGAAGGUCUCAGGGGCUCAUAUGAAUGGAGCAGUGUCAUUCACAAUGUGUGUGUUUGGCCAGCUUCCAUGGAAGAUGCUGCCUCUGUACAUUUUUUCACAGCUAUUGGGAUCUUUCAUGGGAGCCUUCACAAUCUACGGUGUCUAUUACGAAGCCAUACAUGAUUAUUCUGGAGGAAUCCUGACUGUAACUGGUUUAAAAGGCACAGCUGGGAUCUUUGCCACAUAUCCUGCACCUUACCUCUCCAUAAAGGGUGGAUUCAUUGACCAGGUGGUUGGUACAGCCAUGUUGCUACUGAGCCUGAUGGCUCUGUUCGACCAGAAGAACAAACCGGUGCCGGAAGGCAUUGAGCCUGUUGUUGUUGGUCUCCUGGUGACGCUCAUUGGCAUUUCUCUGGGUAGCAACUGUGGCUAUACCAUCAACCCCACCAGGGAUAUUGCACCCAGGGUCUUUACCGCCAUAGCAGGCUGGGGGACAGACGUGUUCAGGGCUGGAAAUGGUUGGUGGUGGGUGCCACUAGUUGCUCCUCUCAUUGGGGGUGUGACAGGUGCAGGGUUGUACAGGAUGUUGGUGGAACUGCACCACCCACAGCCCUCUCAUGAGGACGGGGGGCUGGGGGAUGAGCUACAGAUGGAGAAAAGCCUUCUAGAUAAAACAACAAAUAUGUCCACUGACAUGAUUGUGUAAAAGCACAUGCAAAAUAUUUUAUGGAGUUAAAACAUUCCAGGAAUAGGAAGGGAUAAAAAAAGACCACAAAAAACAAAACAAAAAAACAAAA